GCCUCCCGGGCGCCGGGGCGGAGCUGACCCCGCCGGGCCCGCCCCGAGCCUGCGUCGCCCGCGCUCCGGUCGCUGCUCUCCUGCAGUCGGGAAGGCGCAAGAGGACUCUCAGGAAGAAUAGUGGCUGGCUGCCCGUCUGCGCUCCCAGCCGCGCCAUGCUCGUCCUCCGAAGCGGCCUGACCAGGGCCCUGGCCGCGCGGACGCUCGCGCCUCAGGUGUGUUCAUCUUUUGCUACGGGCCCCAGACAAUACGAUGGAACGUUCUAUGAAUUUCGUACUAAUUGCCUUAAACCUUCAAAUAUGAAUGAGGUUAUGGAAAAUAUUAAGAAAAGCAUUCACCUUCGUGCAGCUCACUCUGAAUUGGUUGGAUUCUGGAGUGUAGAAUUUGGAGGCAGAAUGAAUAAAGUGUUUCAUAUUUGGAAGUACGAUAACUUUGCUCAUCGAGCUGAAGUUAGGAAGGCUUUGACCAAAGAUAAGGAAUGGCAAGAACAAUUUCUCAUUCCAAAUUUGGCUCUUACUGAUAAACAAGAGUUUGAGAUUACUUACCUGGUGCCAUGGUGCAAAUUAGAAAAACCUCCAAGAGAAGGAGUCUAUGAACUGGCUACUUUUCAGAUGAAACCAGGUGGGCCAGCUCUGUGGGGUGACCCAUUUAAAAGGGCAGUUAAUGCCCAUGUCAAUCUAGGCUACUCAAAGCUAGUUGGAGUUUUCCACACAGAAUAUGGAGCACUCAACAGAGUUCAUGUUCUCUGGUGGCAUGAGAGUGCAGAUAGUCGUGCAGCGGGGAGACAUCAGUCUCAUGAGGAUCCCAGAGUUGUGGCGGCGGUUCGGGAGAGUGUCAAUUACCUAGUGUCUCAGCAGAAUAUGCUUCUGAUUCCUGCGUCAUUUUCACCACUGAAAUAGUUUUCCAUAAAAUAGGAAACAUUUCAUUAACUGCCAUAAGAUAUGUCUGCUAAAGGUGCUUAAAUUCUCCCAAGAGAUUCUCACUUUUAUUUGAAGGAGGUGGUAAGUUAAUCGCUAUGUCUCUGCAUUU